UGCUCCACCACCGCAGCUGCAGAGGAUGCUUCCCGAGCGCGGGCGGCAAAGAGGAUGCAGCUCCGCUUCCUCCCGUUGGCCGCGAGCGCCGUGGCCGGAAGGAGCUUCGUCGCCGCUAUUCCUCGGACAGUGACGGAGAGAAGGAGGCAGAUAUGUUGCAACGCGGGCAACUCCUCGUCGGAGAAGGAGGAGGGCGGCGAGCCUAGCACGGCGGAAGAGGCGCUGCGGCGGCUGGCGGAGCUCGACGCCCAGCUGGAGGGGCUGAAGGAGCCCAAGAUGAGGCCGCCGCCGCCCCCUCCUCCCCCGGACCCUUUCAUGGACCGCGAUAUGAUAAUACAGCGAGGACGCCCAAGUGAUGAGCUCCCGGAAAUGACACCGGCCUACGUGACGUUCUCGACUCUGGCAAUUUUUAUCUUGACCAUCUUCACCAACGUGGUGUUCAACGUGUACAUCAAGCCUUCCGUGGACGGCGCCGAUCAGCCGGUGAGGAUCCAGAGAGUGCCUCUGGCCGAUCCUAGCUUCCAGCAGCCCGGCAAUUCUAGUGGUAGCUCGUAGACAUAUAUGCAGGACACGAUAAUACAGUUUGGUAGAUACAGUGUGAAGGGCUGUGCUUUGCAAGUUAACUCAAGUCAUGUGCCUCAUAUUUGCAUCAUGAUGUAUUUAAUACCCACAUGCUCUAAACGAGCUAUGUUUUGCUGGCCUCCACAUUGAGGGCUUCAUUAUGAUGCAAUGUGCUGCUGCA